CUGUGUUUGCGCACAUUUGAAUCUAAAGACAAUCUACAGUAAUGGCAGGGCAGUUUUCAAGUGUCGAGGAAUGUCUGGAGAAAAAUAUUCCCGAGCAGGAGCUGAAGGAAGUGAAGAGGAUCCUGUAUGGGAAGGAACUCCCGUCAAACAUUAGCUUCAUGAAGAUUAAUUUGAAAAGGAUUGUGCGAGUUGGUGUGAUUCAGAAUGCCAUUGUCAAGGAAACCACAGCUCCAAUUGCUGAGCAGAGGGCGGCUCUACAUGCAAGGAUUUCAUGCAUGACAGAAGCUGCAGCACUGUGUGGAGUCAACAUUAUUUGUUUCCAAGAAGCCUGGACCAUGCCUUUUGCCUUCUGUACUCGUGAAAAGCAGCCUUGGUGUGAGUUUGCUGAAAACCCUGAUAAUGGUCCAACACCCAGCUGUGUCAGGAGGUUAAUAUUUUUUGGACUUGCCCGCAAGUUCAACAUGGUGAUUGUUUCACCCAUUCUGGAGAGAGAUGAAACCCAUGGUGACACUCUUUGGAACACGGCUGUUGUUAUCAGCAACACAGGCUAUGUUCUUGGCAAGUCGCGUAAGAACCACAUACCAAGGGUUGGUUUUAACGAAUCUACCUACUACAUGGAAGGAGAUACAGGUCACACAGUAUUCCAGGUAUACACGUUUGGACAAAUCGCAAUCAACAUUUGUUAUGGACGGCAUCACCCACAGAACUGGAUGAUGUAUGGGGUGAAUGGAGCAGAGAUUGUUUUCAAUCCAUCUGCCACUGUAGGUGGAUUAAGUGAACCUAUGUGGGGAAUCGAGGCCCGAAAUGCUGCCAUCGCCAACAGCUAUUUCUCUUGUGCUAUCAACCGUGUUGGCACAGAGACCUUCCCCAAUGAAUUUACUUCAGCUGAUGGCAAACCAGCACACAAGGACUUUGGUCAUUUCUAUGGCUCUUCCUAUGUUGCGGCUCCUGAUGGCUCCGGACACCUGUUUUUUUACAUCUGGAUUGUCAAGGAUCCGCGAGGGGCCUUGGUGACGGAGUUGGACCUAAAUCUCUGCCGGUCAAGUAAAAGACCGCGGGGCUUUAGGAUGACUCAACGCCUGGACCUCUACGCAUCUUCCCUUACUGCAGCCAUACAUCCAGAUUACCAACCACCAAUUAUCAAAGAUGUUUGCUAAGUGACUGGCUGCUAUGUAAUUUUUUUUUUCUUUAUUACCUUUUUUGUUAGUUUUGUUGAGGUGGGAGCAGUGCAAUCUUUCUUUAAAACUUCAAGAAGCGAAUGAUGGUCAUGAUGGGAAAUGUAAUGCAAUACCAUAUUUUAAGUAGAUGUGUUUAUGUUUAGGUGCUAAAAUGAUGUGCUGUGGGCAUCUACCUCUUGUUGGCUUGAAUCUGAUAAAAGGUAGUAAUAAGGAGAAUGGGUCUAA